AUGGAGGAACAAACGGUGAAAGAUCUGAAAGCCCUCACCGUGAGAGAUCUGAAAGCCCUCGCCAAGGAGCGGGGUAUCCCCAGGUAUUAUUGGAUGCUAAAAGCCGGACUCGUCGAAGCGCUGACCAACGCGCCACCACAAACCUUUUCGGCUGAACUUCUCAAAGGGCUGCCACUACCGCCUCACAUUAUUCCGUCCAACACAUCGGAGAGGGUUCUGGACGAACCGAUACCUGAGAUUAAUGUCCCCAUUCUCAAACCCUCCCAACCCACGCAAAAUUCCCACGUCCGUCCACUCAAGCAUUUUGCGAACAGGGCGGUCGACUCAAUCAAGAGGGAGUUAAACGAGUUUGCGGACUGGAUACAAUCUUAUGUCCCUGAGCCUGUCAAAAAGACUGUAGAUAAACGAGUCAAACGUCUGAAGGAAAAGAUUAAGCGUAUAUCCGAGGGGACAGAAGGUCGCUUCACACCCAAAGAGCAAAGGACAGCAUUGAAGGGGUAUCUUAAGACCCACGGAAUAGCCGGGCAGGAAGGGUACGACCCCAAGACAUUCAUCGCUAAUAUCAAACCAAAAGUCCUAGAGCUCAUCGAUCAGCAAAAGAAGCCUAUCAAAGUUAAGUUUAUCUUUACUUGUAGGUUUAUCAAAGAGGAUCCAGCCACAGGCCAGAUCGAUGAAGAACUGGGAUAUUUUCAUACAGAAAAGCCCGAGACUGUAACAGAGUCGGCCGAUUUCUCCAGUUUGUUCGAUACGAUGGCGAAUUAUUUACUCGAAUUGGUUGAGCAAUUCCAAAAAAAGGGCUCCGGGUGGCAAUUUGAUCAAGUGGAAUACUUUGACAUCAACAUCGAUCCCUUUGAGCCGCUUUCUGGAAGUUCCUAUAUUCCGCUGCCGUCGAAACUAGCGACCAAGCACGCAGUCAUCAAUGUUAGGAACGGGGACGAUCAUGAAUGUUUCAAGUGGGCAGUAACCUCUGCUGUGUAUCCUAGGGAGAAAGAUCCUCAAAGGCUCAAUGAACGAAUGAUAGAGAACUCUGAGAAAUUCGACUGGUCAGGGAUAGAGUUCCCCGUCUCACUAAAACAGAUUGACAAGUUUGAGAAACAGAACCCAUAUACGGUUAAUGUGUUUGGAUACGAAACCAAAGUAUAUCCAUUGAGAAUCAGCGAGAAGGAUCCAGAUAAUGCAAUCAACUUACUUCUCAUCUCGAAUGAUGAGACGAAUCAUUACUGCUGGAUAAAGAAUAUGAUGAGAUUAGUAUCUACUCAAAUUGAUAAGUUUCAUCAUACUCGGUUUUUAUGCUGUAGAUGCCUGAACUCGUUUCGGUGCAAACAAUCAUUAGAAAAACAUUCUGAAUGCUGCGGCAAUCAUGAAGCGGUUAGAAUAGAGAUGCCUAACAUAGACAAGGAUGGAAAUCUACCCCACAUUAAAUUCAAAAAGUACAACAGAAAAAUGCGUGUCCCCUUUGUUGUCUAUGCCGACUUUGAGAGCUUCACAGAGAAUAUAGACACUUGCUCCCCAGAUGGGAGUAAAAGCUUCACUAAGCAAUACCAGAAGCACAAACCGUCUGGUUUCUGCUAUCUCAUCAAGUGUUUCGACGGAGAUAUAUCCCCAUCCGAGCUUGUACGAUACACAGCUGAAUCUCCAGACGAAGAUAUCCCACAGCUUUUCGUAGAGUCUUUGGAGUCAGACAUUAAGAAAAUUUACGAUAAGUUCAGGUUCCCUAAGAAGGUGAAAAUGACUCCGGAGGACGGAAUCGCCUAUAACGACGCCACUCACUGCCACAUCUGUGAGGGUGAAUUAGGGGAAGACAAGGUCUUGGACCAUUGCCACCUUACAGGGAAGUACAGAGGUGCUGCUCACAACGCAUGCAACUUAGAUCACAGAAUUCCAAAGUUCUUUCCCGUUUUCUUCCACAACCUGUCCGGGUACGACAGUCAUUUGUUUAUCAAGAACCUAGGCGCGUCAGAGGGUAAGAUAAGUUGCAUACCUAAUAACGAGGAAAAGUAUAUUUCUUUCACGAAACAGGUCGUGGUCGACAGUUUCACGAACAAGAAGGGCAACAAGAUUGAUGUUAAACGUGAUAUCAGAUUUAUCGACAGUUUCAAGUUUAUGUCGGCCAGUCUCCACAGUCUAGUAGGUAAUAUGUCAAGGGAGUGCUUCAAAAACCUGGCGAAGUACUAUGAGGGGGAGGAGGUACAGCUGUUGUUGAGGAAGGGUGUUUUCCCUUACGACUGGUUCGACGGCUUUGGCAAGCUCGAUGCAACACAGCUCCCACAGAGAGAGGCAUUCCACUCCAGACUCAACGACUCCGACAUAUCGGAGGAGGAUCACCUGCACGCGCGGAGAGUGUGGGAGGUCUUUGGGAUGGGGACCAUGAGGGAUUACCACAAUCUGUAUCUAGAGUCGGAUGUGUUGCUUUUAGCUGACGUUUUCGAGAACUUUAGAGACGUUUGUCUCAAGAAUUACGAUCUGGACCCCGCUUGGUACUACACAGCGCCAGGGCUGGCUUGGGAUGCAGCGUUGAAGACCACCAAGGUGAGGCUAGAGCUUCUGACGGACUAUGACAUGCUGCUCAUGAUUGAGAAGGGCAUCCGUGGGGGUGUCUCCAUGAUAAGCAACAGACAUGGGGAGGCAAAUAAACCUUACAUGAAGGAGUAUGACCCUAACCUACCCACAAAAUAUAUCACCUACCUUGAUGCUAACAAUUUGUAUGGCUGGGCGAUGAGCAACCCUUUACCGACUCACGGUUUCAGGUGGAUGGGUGACCAAGAGCUGUCAGGUUGGAGAGACCGCCCAUGCAUUCUGGAGGUUGACUUGGAGUACCCUCACCACCUACAUGACUUACACAAUGACUACCCACUAGCCCCGGAAUCUAUCGGGCUAGGCAAGGUGGACAAGUUGGUCCCCAACCUCAACGACAAGACAAAGUACGUUAUCCACCAUGAGACUCUGAGACUUUAUGUGAGUUUUGGGCUAAAAGUCACCAAGAUUCACAGGGGUGUCACUUUUGAGGAGUCUGCGUGGCUGGAGCCCUACAUUGACUUGAACACCGAUCUGAGAGCCAAGGCGACUAAUGAUUUUGAGAAGGACUUCUUCAAGCUGAUGAACAACUCCGUCUUUGGUAAGACUAUGGAGAACAUUAGGAACAGGGUGGACAUUCGGUUGGUGACGGACGAGAAGCAAGCCAAGAAGCUCAUAUCAAAGCCGAACUAUCAACAUCGCACCAUCUUUUGCGAGAAUCUAGUCGCCAUUCACAUGAAGAAGACAAAGUUAACCUUCAACAAACCCGUUUACUUGGGUAUGUCCAUCCUGGAUAUAAGCAAGACGCUCAUGUAUGAUUUCCACUACAACUUCGUCAAGCCCAAGUACGGUGAGGAUGCAAAGCUCUUAUUCACUGAUACUGACAGCCUGAUGUAUGAGAUCGAGACGAAAGACUUUUACAAGGACAUCAGCGGGGAUGUGAGGUCCAUGUUCGACACCAGCAACUUUCCGAAGGGUCACCCAUCCGGUAUUGAGGUGGGUGUGAACAAGAAAGUCAUCGGAAUGUUUAAAGAUGAGGCUGGGGGCCAGCAAAUUACAGAAUUUGUAGGACUGAGAGCCAAACUUUACUCAUACAAGAUGGAUGAAGGUGAAGAAGAAAAGAAAUGCAAGGGUGUUAAGAAAGCUGUCGUCAAGAAGAGCAUCAGUUUUGAUAACUACAAGGAUUGCCUAUUUGAUAAGAAACCUCAGAUGAGACUGAUGAAUGUCAUCAGAAGUCAUAAACAUGAUGUUUACACUGAAACGGUGAACAAGGUCGCUCUGUCGCAUGAGGAUGAUAAACGGAUCAUCUGUGAUGAUGGUAUUCACACCUAUGCUCACGGUCAUUUCAAAACUGCGGCUGGUGGUAGCUCAGUGUCUGGAGGCACAACCUGAAGCUCUUCCCUACUAAAUCCACGCCUCGGCGAACCUUCGGAGAGGUAAUACAACACAGGCUGCCCAACCGAAACAACACUGCGCGAUAGAUCAAAGACUUUUAAACUCCAAAUAGGGUCUGUGGCUCGUCUGCGUUCAACUCCUUCCUCUUCUCCAGGAGCUAACAGAUAUCUAACUCUAACCCCCGGUGGUAGUCUAACUUCGUCAAGUCCAACGGCUCGCUUAUACGCUGGAGGGUCAAUAUCAACCUCUUUCAACGCAAUAGAUUUUGCGGGCUCUUUGCCGGUGAUUCUUAUAGGCUGACUAUUCAGAGUUUUCAAAACACCUGGCAAUCGUUUCACCCAAACUCUGGACCGAUCAUCGCUAAUCAUUUCUUGAGCAUACUGAUGAGAAAACAACCUCUCCGCCAGUGUUCUAUUGGCGCGUUCGACAAAAGCCUGUGCGCGAUGGUUCCAGGCCUCGCUUCGCUGGAUGGUAACCCCCUUCUUUUUCAUAAUCUUCGUUACCUCUCCCAUAAAUUCUGUCCCCGGGUCGACAAUCACCGUAUGAGGCCAUUUAAGUUUUCUGGAGUAUAUCUUUUCAAACCCUUUAGCAAUUCCACUCGAAUCCUUGGUAGUCAGUGCUUCUGCAUCUUUAUAUCUCGAGGCAAUAUCAAUCACGACCAACGCGUAACGGUAGGUUUUUCUGCCUACGUUAUCGUGGGGCAUAAACAACAGAUCGGCUUGGUGAAUCUGAUUAGGUUUAUUCACAGUCCAAUGCGGUCUGGGGACAUACUUUGGAGCUGGGAGAUAGAUCUGCCACAACGCCUGUUUUUCAAGCCACUUCUUAGCCUCGGCUUCACUGACUUUAGCGACACUAGCUAAUUUAGAAAUAGCUGAAUACCCUUUCCAGUAUCCAUCGGUGGAAUAGUAUAUUUUUGAUAACCUGCUUUCGUUACUCAUUUAAAGAUUAUCUCUCUUUUCUUAAAAUAAAAGAUGGCACAAGCGAUAUCAGAAAAAAUUAACCCAAACAGGGUCCCACGGGAACCCUUCGGCUUGAAAGCGAAAUCGUCGCUGAAUCGAAUUACACUCAAUCCCUCAUCGGCGAGUCCUGGAGAAACCCUCUAUAUAAAUAUUCCAAAACUUGCAGAGAAUGUAGUGAUUGUUCCAGGUAGUGUAUCCUUACUAUUUGACUUAGACGUCGCAGGACACGCGAAUAAUACUCUCGUCAACAACGUUGGUCGAAACCUAGUGUCAAGACUCAAGAUUCUUUUCGGCGGAGAAACACUACAGGAUACUCAAAGAUACGAUCUCUUUCAAACCUAUCACGACUUAUACUUACAAGCUGAAGAUCGUGGGGAUAGAAUAAAACAAGGUAUCUCCUCUGAAAACAUGAGGAAGCUCAGGACAAAUGCAGGUGAUAAAGUGACCUCAGAUGCUAAGGAAGUAGCUCUUGCAACAGUUCACAACACCAAGUACUGCAUUCCACUCGACCAUCCUAUUCUCAGCGAGCAUGGGGCCUUUUAUCCAAAGGCGUUACCUCAUCCGCUAACCUUUGAAAUUACUCUAGCCCCAGUUUCCGAUGUCGUUGUUUAUGCUGACACGGUCAAGACUCCAACGUACACAAUCACAAACCUCGAGUUGGAAUAUGCUUGCAUCUCAAGUGAAUACUUGGCUCGUGAGGCGUUGUCGGCUUAUCAGAGAGCUACACCGGAGGAACAAGAGAUUCCGAAAAGUUUGUCAAUCCAAGUAUCACAUCGAUCAACAUUAAUGUGGAUGGCAUGCCAAACCGUCUCUACUCCAAGGGGAUGACACCGCCGGACCUCUGGGAGUCGGUAAAGAAACGUUUCGGUAGAGAGGGUGUUAAGCAAAAGGAUUUUUACGCUAAUAACAAGUUUGCUCUGUGGAUCGACUUGAGGGCACACCCAGAUAACAGCAUUCACGGAGGAGGUCUGGUCUUGAACAACACGCGGGACGGAGUAAAACUCGAGAUGAAACGAAAAGUUGGAGGAACGGGAAACAUCACCUGCUACAUGUUUGUAGUAGCCGACGCGUUGAUGGAGGUUAUGAACUCGAAUUUGAGAGCAAUCAUGUAUUAAAAAGGACUUGUGUGAUAAUA